AUGAUACUGCUGAUUCACAAGAUCCCGAAAACGAUCUCACAAAUAUAAUUUACGACCACCUUCCGACUGCCGAAGCUGAAGUGCCAAGAGAAACCAUCGCGCUUGGUGAUGAUAGUUAUGACGAAGGAAGUGGCGAAAGUGAAUAUGAAGAAGAGGAAUCAUACAUCGUCCUUGACUUGGGAACAGAGGUUACACUGGACAUGAUAACGACCAAUGACAGCUUAGUGAAAAACAUUUAUAAUCCUAGUACAUAUCAUUUCACUUCAUUUGCAGCCUCAAAUUUUCCCGUGCGAUCACCCGAAAAAGACAAUGGUGAAGAAGGCAGUGGUACUCAGGACGGCGAUAGUUCUUCGGCUAGGAAGGUUGCGGUAGGUGAUGAGGGUGAUGAGGGUGAUGGAAACCAGCGAUCCAAAAAGGAAGAGAUAACAUACUCAUUGAUCGGACUGGACACCGAAAAUCCCAGGUUACGUAUUGGUAACAUGCAUUUCAAAGGGGAAUACGAUGAGUCCGUCGGAACCGAUCUGAUCUUUUUGCAAGAUCCCGAUCCUUCCAAUCCCCGACAACAAAUGCUUACAUAUGAUUGUCAUACCACCAAGAAAAUUGUCUUUUCCAGGGUUUCACUGCAACCCACCAAUAAAUCAAUGGAUAAAGACGAAUCUGACAAAUUGGAAGAUGAAUAUAGCUUCAAAGGCGGUGGGAAUUAUUGGGACGACAUGUCAAAUUCAAGUGCUAUCGAAAAACAGUGUUCACAGGAGGCCGCUUCGGUUAUCAGUCGAGAGGAUGUUAACGACGGCCAGGAAAAUCCGCGUGUUGACAAAGGGAAAGGAAAGGAGGUCGAUCGAAGUGGGGUUGAGGAGGCGAAUAAUAGAAUGCUGGUGGAGGAAACGAAUUUUGAUGAUGUAUAUUAA